CUGCCGCCGGCGUCCUUCCAUCCAUCCCUAACUUCUUUCACCCUUUUCACCAUCUCUCAACGCCUCUCAAUCCCACAAACCUUUAAACCCAUCUCGCCUUUCCACCCUAUUGAAUGGUCAACCCCAAUUCUCUCUCCGCUCCACUCCCCUCAGCCUCCCCAACCGCCCUACAGCACGGCACUGGCACCACUCACUCCCUUGCUGCGGAGGAAGGCUGUGAUGACCCCCCACCUAUAUUUUCGCCUCCUGUCGGUAACGCGGCAGGAGGCGUCCCUUCUCACCAUCCGGACACGGGUCCGGCAAACAACGGGCAAGACAAUACCUCAAGUUCUAGCCCCCACUUGACUACCCGCAGUGAACCCGGCCGCCCCCAAAUCACUACUACCGAGAGCUUUCAGGUCAGUCGGGUCUACGAUUAUGGAUCACUGCCAAUUGGCUCCGGCGGGAUUCCCUCGUCACCCGCCGCGACUCAAAGCCCGGUUUAUGAUAACACAAGAAGCGGACAGAGUUCUACGACGGCUGUUGAUACGCUCGGAGGGGAUGAAUCCACCCCGGCCGAUAAGGCGGCUCCACAUGCAGCCGCUCCAUAUGCGCUCGCUUCGCUCUACAGCGUUGAUAUGAGCUCUGGAUUAACCACAAAGGAAGCAGCGGAGAGAUUGUCUCGAGAUGGCCCAAACAAGCUUACCGAUGCCGGGGGUAUCACCUGGUGGGGUGUGCUUGUAAGGCAAGUUUCGAACAGUUUGACCUUGGUAAGAUUCAACCCCUGAAGCCUAAAGAGCAUUUUCUGCUUCUCUCUUUUGCUGUUUUCACCCUAAUUGGGUACUCGAGCUUUUGAAAUACACCUCUCUGCCUUCCUGAAGUCAGCGAGAUUUGUUUUCAUCCUGUAUUUAGCCCAAUCCCCCGGAGAAGAGACUAAUCCGAAAGCCCCAAUUUCCCCAACCUAUCCCUUCCCUACACACCCGAGCAGCAUAUCAGUUGCAUUUUAUGCACAGAAGAAAAAUCAGUCAUUUUUGGAUGGAGCAGGAUGAAAAUAAUGAUAAUAUUGGACAUUCAUUCACCAUCAACCACGGAGGUUUACCCCCGAGCUGGUCAAAGUUCUUUGUCUUCUUUUUUUCUUUUCUUUUUUCUUGUGUCCAUCAUUGUCUUUCCGAAGGGAUGUUACCCAUCGACGCGGGGAGGAAACUGUGUUGCACCGAGCAGUGUAUACUCAUGACCUUUUCUUUUCUCUUUCUGUCUCCUUUUCGUUCAUUAGAGAGAGGACAAAAUCCAAACUCAUGAAUCACUUCUACAUUUAUUGCGUAUUGUUUGAUUUGCUUCAUUCCAACCGGAGGUGGAAACGAGAUUAAUCGAGAGUGUGCUCUCCUCGUCCAAGAAAAUACGGAAACCGGGGGCCCAACCGACAACACAGCAACUUUGCUAACAGAUGGUUAUCCGACGGGUGUAGGUUCUUGUGAUUGCUAUGGCAGCUUCUUACGGGAUGCUCGACUUUAUCGAGGGAUCCGUCAUCUCGGCUGUCAUUCUUUUAAAUAUUGCCAUUGGGUUCGCUCAGGAUUAUCGCGCAGAGAAAACUAUGCAAUCCCUCCAUUCCCUUUCGGCACCAAUUGCAACAGUCGUCCGCAACAAUGGGCGCAUCGAAAAGGUUAAAGCCGAAGAAAUUGUUGCUGGUGAUAUUGUCUGUGUAUCCGUUGGUGAUGUCGUCCCGGCCGAUCUCAGACUCUUCGAGGGAAUGAACUUUGAGACGAAUGAAGCUCUUCUCACUGGAGAGAGUUUGCCAAUUACCAAAACCCCACUAUUGACCCUCCCCCAUGCCGACUACCCAUUGGGAGACCGUACCAAUAUGGCCUACUCUUCCUCCACUGUCACUAAGGGGCGCGCUGUUGGAAUCGCUGUGGCAACCGGAAUGGGCUCGGAGGUUGGAAGAAUCGCCGAGCUGCUCCGUGGAAAGAAACAGGAUGAGGGUGAAUCAUUCAUUGAAAGAACCUGGGGUAAGGUUAAGAGGACCAUGAAAAACGUCCUCGGUCUUGUUGGAACCCCGUUACAGGUCAAGUUGAGCAAGUUUGCCCUACUCUUGUUCGGUCUUGCUAUACUCUUGGCUAUAAUUGUCUUUUCCGCAAAUAAGGUUGCCUUAUUCUUUCCCCCGUGAGUCAGGGUCCUAUACUAACGCGAGAAUCAUAGUGGAGGAUCGAUGAUGAAGUCUUGAUCUACGGAAUUUGUGUCGCUGUAGCCGUCAUUCCUGAAUCUCUUAUCGCGGUCCUCACAAUCACCAUGGCAGUCGGUACUAAGACCAUGGCCAAAGGUCAUGUUAUUGUGCGAAAGAUGCAAGCCUUGGAAGCCGUCGGAGGUGUCACAAACAUCUGCUCAGAUAAGACUGGCACACUCACGCAAGGAAAGAUGAUCGCUCGUAAGGCGUUCGUCCCUGGAUUGGACGAUGUCAUCAGUAUUCAGGAUACCUCAUCUCCCUUUGACCCAACUAGUGGGAUCGCGACAAUUGGAACCACGAUUAUCGAUGGGGGCAUGGUUGAGGAAUCAAAGCCCUUGGAGCGAUUCUUGGACGCCAUUGCCCUUUGCAACUUGUCCGUUGUACGCGGGAACGACGAUUUAGCUAUGUCUUCCGAAAAGCCUACUGAGAACUGGAUAGCGUCAGGGGAACCUACCGAAAUUGCACUACAAGUUCUUGCUAUGAGGUUCGGGCAUGGAAAGCCUUCUCUUAUUGACACCGGGAACUGGGAUCUCUUGGCUGAACAUGCGUUCGACUCUACCGUCAAACGCAUGACGGUUGUCUAUAAGAAUAUACACACUAACACCGUCGAGGCAUUUAUGAAGGGAGCCGGAGAGGUUGUUGUUCCAAAUCUCAACAUGCCAGGUGAGGAGAAAGAAGCAAUCUUGAGCAGAAUUGAACGCCUUGCUGGGGAGGGACUUCGCGUUCUUUGCGUGGCACAGAAGACUCUUCCCUCCGGUGGAGAGUCCGAUACCGGCAACCGUGCUGCCGUGGAAUCACAAAUGAACUUCCUUGGACUGGUUGGCCUCUAUGACCCCCCGAGAUUGGAAACCUUCGAGGCCGUCCGCAGGUGUAAGGUUGCCGGUGUUAAAGUCCACAUGUUGACCGGAGAUCAUAUCCGAACGGCAACGGCGAUCGCCCACGAGGUCGGAAUUAUUUCUCCUGCUAUGCCCGCCGCUCAGGCCGCCACGAUGGUUAUGACUGCUGGCCAAUUCGAUGCCCUUAGUGAAGACGAGAUUGAUAAUCUAGAGGCUUUGCCUUUGGUUAUUGCCCGUUGCUCUCCCACUACUAAAGUCAGGAUGGUUGAAGCUUUGCAUAGGCGUGGUGCCUUCUGUGUCAUGACCGGUGACGGCGUUAAUGAUUCUCCUGCGCUGAAGCGGGCCGAUGUCGGGAUUGCAAUGGGCCUCAGUGGUAGUGAUGUCGCUAAAGAUGCCAGUGAUCUCGUUUUAACAGACGAUAACUUUGCCAGCAUUGUUCGCGCAGUUGAGGAAGGUAGAAGGUUGUUUGAUAACAUCCAGAAGGUGGGCUUGCUCCCCUCUCGACUCCUUACGCAUUAUUUUUCUAACAUAGUCUCAGUUUAUCAUGCAUCUUCUCAUCUCGAAUAUCUCGCAAGUCGUCUUACUAUUGAUUGGUCUCGCUUUCGCCGACAGAAACGGUGUAUCCGUAUUCCCUCUCAGCCCUCUGGAGAUUUUGUGGGUCAAUAUGAUCACUAGUUCUUUCCUGGCAUUAGGACUCGGUCUUGAGGAAGCUCAGCCCGAUAUCAUGUUACGCCCUCCUCACGAUCUGAGACAAGGUGUUUUCACCUGGGAGGUUAUCAUCGAUAAGAUGAUUUAUGGUGUUACCAUGGGAACCCUUUGCCUUAUAAGUUUUGUCAUCGUUGUUUACGGGCACGGCGGCGGUGAUCUUGGUCACGACUGUAACCACGCCUACAACAGCUCUUGCGGCAACGUCUUCCGUGCGCGUGCCACGGUAUUCGCAGUGCUGUCCUUCCUCUUACUCCUUACAGCUUGGGAAGUCAAGCAUUUCUCCCGCUCUUUGUUCAACCUCGACCCCGCCCGUCAUAAGGGACCCUUCAGCGUUUUCCACACACUCUGGUACAACCAGUUCUUGUUCUGGGCUGUCUUUGCCGGUUUCGCUAUCACAUUCCCUGUCAUCUAUAUUCCAACUUUCAACACCGUCGUGUUCAAACACAUGGCCAUCACCUGGGAAUGGGGUGUUGUCCUUGGCUGCUCAGCCGCUUAUCUGAUGAUCGUGGAGAGCUGGAAGGGGAUCAAGAGAUGGAGGGGCAUAGGUAGUGGCGUAUUUGCUGGCAGGACGGAGGUACAACUCGAGGACGGAUUGGAGGUCGUGUCUGGGAUUACAAGCGGAAGGACGAGCCGUAGCGGAACGAUCGUCGAGGCGGAAGACAGGAAAAAUUAG